UGACAUUUAAGUCUGUAAGCAGUAAAUUUUGAAGACGAAAAAAUGAAUUUUCUCCACGUAUUAGCUCUGGCUUUAAUCUUUUUCGAAGGAUUUAUAAUCCAUUGCGAAGGUACAAACAAUCCAGUUACUAUAAAUCCCGAUUUGCCGGAUCAUAUAAUUGAAGAUAUAUUGUACGAAGGUGGUAUUAAAGCGGUGGAACUAGCAGUGCAAAAUCACGUGUCCCCGGGUGCGGUGAAAAAUGCAAUGAGCCGACUAUUCCGAGAUUGUAUAAUUGCGAUAAUGCCGGAUGAAGUAAAUGAAACCUCUGAAUAUUAUAAAAAUGGCGAGCGAUGUAUUCAAACCGGAAACCGUGCCAAACUAAUAUCACUUUUCGAACAUUUUGGUGAAAACGCACGUCGAAUUCAUAUAUAUUACUGUGGAAUGAGUGACGUUAUGCGUCGUGAUAUAAACGAAAAUAUCAUCAAACGAUAUGCCCACCAAUUGACCGAAUUUAGAAUAAAUACUUUUGAGGAUUCAAACAUUUGGGAUGAAAUAUCGAAUGAUAGAGGAGAACUGCGUUUUGCACAAGUGAAACGAUUUAAAUACACUGGUCCAAUUACGAAAGCCACAUUCGAUUUGAAUUCAAUUUUUCCCAAACUGGAAUCGCUCUCAUUUUUCGUUCGCCUAACCAACGCAAACUGCUUGGCAAAUGUUCGUAAUUUGAAAGAUAUCAGACUGUUCACUGGUUCAAUAGAAGAACAUCAACUCGCACACAUUUUCAAAAAUAAUAAACAAUUAUCCAAAGUCUCUCUUGCUCUCAAUCUUCAUACAACAGAGACGCUUCGCGCAGUUGAGAACCAUUUGAAUCGUCUACAAAUAUUUAAAAUUAAAUACGUUAACAGCGAAUUUUUCAGACGAAUUGAUCGUAUCUAUAAUUUGACAUCAGUGACCACAUUCGAUGUCAAAUUUAAUGAAACGAACGAUUUAAUUGGAGAUUUAUCAUUUGAUAUGCCGAAUCUGAAAAAGCUCGUUUUGCGCGGAAAUAUAAUUGACCAUCGCAUUGCGGAUUUUAUCAAUCAUUUCGAGCAAUUGGAUUCAGUGGAAGUGGAUAGCAGGUGUAGAUAUGAUAUCGUUAAAUGUGUUAAAGAAUUAAAUAAGGUCAAAGAAUUUCGUACAAAUGGCUUUGAAAAUAGUCCAUCUUUUAAGAAAUCUUUUUCUCAAAUGAAUAAUGUCAAUAAGUAUUUUAAGAAAAAAAUGCCAGCGUGGACAUUCAGUCAAGGAACUACUGAAGAUUUCGCGAUAUUUAAAC